AGUGCGAGAGAGAAUGCAGUGUUGUAGCUCCGCGCCGUUUACGCAUUGUAGCUGUAGCCUUGAAUUUCGUUCAUUCAUAAAUCUUCAUACGAUCAUGAUGUGACUAACCUGAGUUAUUAGACAUCAAACAAAAACACCCAUGUGUGCUCUUAUUUGCGAACGAUGACUAUGACUCGACAGGAAACCAUUUGGUUUUUCAUAUCCAACACUUGAGACCACUCGUCGUAGACUUAUGUCAAAACAGUUUCAUUCAUUUUUUUCGGAGGAGUUAAACAUGGCGGACGAGCAUUUUAAAGUCAGAUUGGAGGAACGUUUAAAAAUAAAAAUUGGGGAAGCGAAGAAUCUGCAGGCUCGGUUGCAUGGAUCGUCGACACAGAGAGAUGUUUAUUGCACGCUGUCACUGGACCAAGAAGAGAUAUUUAGAACAUCAACAGUUCUGCAAACCUUGAGUCCCUUCUUCGGUGAAGAAUUCCAGUUCGAAGUCCCCAGGAACUUUCGUUUCGUGUCGAUAUACGUGUUUGACAGAGACAGACACUUGAAGCAGGACAAGGUGCUUGGUAAAGUCGCUAUAAGACGCGAACAACUAGCCUCUUAUAACAACAAGGACCACUGGUUUCCCAUAAAAGCCGUGGACGCAGACUCAGAGGUGCAAGGCAAGGCAAACAUCGAGAUCAAAUUCGAGCCAGAAUUGAAUAAAAACAGUUCGUCGUGUGGUUACGGCGCUACCAGGAGACUCCUCGUCAAAGUUGUUGGCUGCUUGGACCUCACCUUGAAGAACGGUUCCUGCGAUUCUUAUGCUUUGGUGUGUGUGACUUAUACGAACGGCAAACGUAUUUCUAAACGAACGAGAGUGAGGAAAAAAACUACUUCCCCACAAUUCGAUGAGGUUUUCACAUUUCACAGUAGCGAGGGGGGUAAAGAUAUUAUGUGCGAAGGAGACUCUGAAAUUUGCGAAUUGCAAGUGUCCAUUUGGCAUGAUACUCCGGGUAUAAGUGAUGAUGUUUUUUUGGGGGAGGUCCGCGUGCAGCUCAGGGGGAUGCAGCAACAGAAUUCGGCACACAGGAGUGCGUGGUACUACCUGCAACCAAGAUCUGGAAAAAACCGCCUGUUUCUCACCCACUCUACCCCCCCAGGUACUCGACUCUCAGGCGACAACUCUCUUGGUUCCCUGCGGCUUCAAAUACAGUACACUGAAGACAGGGUAUUCCCAGCUUCUGUGUAUGAUAACCUGAAGAACCUCCUGCUGCAGAGUACCUACAUACAACCAAUUACAGCAACCUCAGUAUAUGUCUUAGGGGAAAUCGUGAACAAGAUGGACAUAGCCCAGCCAUUGGUCAGGAUAUUUUUGCACUACGAGAAAAUUGUACCGAUAAUUGGGGCGCUGGCUAAUGUGGAAAUUUCGAAUGUAACGGAUCCCACCACUAUAUUCCGAGGCAACACGUUGGUGUCGAAAAUGAUGGACGAAGCGAUGCGCCUGAUAGGCAUCCAGUACCUACACAAGACGCUGCGGCCCACGCUUGAACUCAUCGUCAAUGAGCACAAGCCCUGUGAAAUAGACCCGACGAGGGUAAGGGACGCUAACACCAUAGCCACCAACCUGGCCAACCUCAAGCACUACAUCCAGAAGAUUUUUGACGCAAUCACGCAAAGCGCUGUGCAUUGCCCGGCACUGAUGUGUCAGAUUUUUCAUAAUCUUAAAGAGUGCGCGAUGCGUCACUUUCCCGAGGACAAGGGCGUGCGAUAUUCUGUCAUCUCGGGGUUCAUUUUCCUGAGGUUCUUUGCUCCCGCCAUUCUGGGGCCUAAGUUGUUUGAUCUGACAACUCAACCGGUGGAUUGUCAAACGAAUAGGACGCUGACUUUGAUAUCAAAGACGAUCCAGUCUCUAGGGAACUUGGUGAGCUCUAGGUCUGCGCAGCAGGUGUGCAAAGAGGAGUACAUGGAGGGGCUGUAUAAGGCGUUUUACACGGAGACGCAUAUGACGGCCGUCCGGCAGUUUCUCGAGAUAAUUUCGGCGAACUGUACCGCUAGUCAAAGGGUUAUCGAUAAUGAUAUGCCCGUAACUUUGAAAGAGGGAUUAAUGAUCAAAAGGGCUCAAGGAAGGAAGAGGUUCGGCAGAAAGAAUUUCAAACAACGUUACUUCAGACUUACCACCCAAGAUCUCAGCUAUUCGAAAAGCAGAGGAAGGGAUGCUUUGUGUCGCAUCCCCCUCACAAAUAUUUUGGCGGUGGAAAGACUGGCUGAAACGUCGUUCAAAAUGAAAAACAUGUUCCAAAUAGUUCAGCCGGAAAGGGCUCUCUACGUGCAGGCUGCAAAUUGUGUUGAGGAAAAGGAAUGGGUGGAUUUGCUCACUAAAAUCUGUCAAACGAAUGCGAACCGCCUGAAAAAAUACCAUCCGUCUGCUUUCAUCAACGGUCAGUGGUUAUGUUGUAAGUCUCCUAACGAACUGGCUCCAGGCUGCAGCGAAGUAUCCCAAACAGACAACAACUACCACAUGACACUGGAUCCGGAAAGGGACUUGCAGAGGAUCCACUCGUUGAUUAUUACGCAUAUCCAGACACUCGAGACAUUCAUCAACAUGUUCCAGAACGAAGACAGUACAGUGUUCGAGAUAUUGAUUCAGUUGCGAGAAGCCGCGUUUCAGAUAGAGCAAAAGCAUAGAUUGUACAAGAGGACGCUCGAUCGGAAUACCAAAUAUGGCAGUUUAGCCGCUCCAAUAGGGGACGACAACUAUCUCCUGGCAUCUCGUUUCAACGUCGAUACGUCCGUUUUACGUAGGUGCGUCUCUAGCGAACCGUCUUGUCCUUGACGAAUUCUCCGUAGAUCGAAGACUGCUAAAAUUUAAACAAUCGUAAUGCGAUUACGAAAAGCAAACACCAGUGUUAUCCUAAGUAGUACUAGACAAGAGCGAACGAGUAAGAGAGAGAGAGUGAGUGAGUGAGAGAAGUUGUAGCAUGUACAUUGACAUUGUUAUUGUACGGGGUAAAGUUAAGAGUUGCGAGAAUUUUUGGCCUCAUCCCGUACCUUUUAGAUUUUAACUAUCUGUAGGCGACAAAUUUCCCAAGAACAGACAAUCAUCUUUUAUUUUCUUAUUGUACAAAAAGGUUGUUAGUAAUUUGUAUUGAUCGAGUACAAAGUAUAUUUAGAUGGGUGAGAAGUCGCUCUUCGGGGAGAGAGUUCAAUAAAGAGCAAUAAAUCAGGGGCUUGAAGUAUUUUUGGUAAGAAUAUACAGGUUUGGUGGAUAGUUUUUUGAGAAAUUCUCGACGAAAAUGUGGGUUU